AUGAGCCCGCACUGGCUCAUACAACCACCCCCUCUAUCGUCAACUCACAGGCAGGGCUCGCUAGUGAACAAUAAGAAGAAGAGAAGAGGAAGAGGCAAAAGAAUGUCUACGGUUUCGUCACCGUCCCCAUCGACUGGGAGCCCACAGCCGGAACGGCCCCGUCUGCCGUCCAUCGCGCGAUGGGGCGCCGCUUGUGCGCAGUGUGCGUCGGCCAAAGCCAAGUGCCUCCGGUCCAACGACACGCCGGGAUCAAAGUGUGACAGGAAAACAACCCAGCUGGAAGAUCGCUUGAACCGUCUCGUGAACUCCCUGCGAGUAUCUGGCAACACCUCCGCCCUCACAGCCGAGGCCUCCCAACCCGCCUCCUUUGCAAGACAGACACCUCUGGUCGCCGACUACUCCACCGCACUACCAUCCGGCCACCCGGGGCCGGAUUUCUAUACGCAGACUCCGGAAUCUCCAUGUACUGUGUUGAACUUGGCCAGUGCCGGUCCAAUCAACAUCCCCGAGUCGUACAACUCGUUCGUCCCGCCUAAAUGUAUAUGCAGACCUGAGCCCGGCGAGGCCCCGCCGCCUCCCGACAAUGAUGAGAACCUGCUGAAGAUCUACCGUAAAGAGCUGGCGCCGCGGUUCCCGUUCGUGCUGGUACCCGAUGGCGUCUCGGCCUCGACCCUCGGCGCGACGAGGCCCUUCCUCAUGGCCGCCAUCCGGAUGGUGGCGUCGUACCGGAGCAUGAGGUCGAGGCGGGGGCAAAUGUACCGUCUGCUGAACCACGUCGCCGACUACAUGAUGCUGCGGUCCGAGAGGUCCUUUGACCUCCUGCUCGGCCUCGUGGUCAUGAUCGCGUGGUUCCACCACCACUGCCUUAUCCACGCGCAGCUAAACCAGCUCGUGUCCCUGGCCGCCUGUCUUGUGGGCGAGCUGGGCCUGAAGAGGAGUCCGAGCCUGCCCGAGCGUACCAGACUCUUGGUGAUGCGCCCCUGGGAGCUGAGGGAGCGGACGAACGAGGAGCGGCGUGUCUUGCUGGCGGUGUGGUACCUCUCCUCUGCGAUUUCCAUGGAAGUACGCGAGAUAGACCCGAUGAGAUACUCGGGUUACAUGCAGCAGUGCAUGCGGGAGCUCCAAGAGAGCGGGGAGCACGAGUCGGAUAUGCACCUUGUCUACAUUGUCAAGAUCCAACGGCUCUGCGAGAGGAUAUCCGACUUGAGGUCCCAAGAAGACGCCGACGAGGAAGAGGAUACCGUAUCUCGAGCGCCCGUAUCGGCAUAUGUAUCUGGUUUCAGGGCCGAGCUCAACAAGCUCCAGGCCGAAAUGCCUCCCAGGCUACGACACAACCGCAAGUCUCAUCUGCAAACCGUCGUCGUCGUCGUCGUCGUGUUUUCUUGGUCUCCCACACUAACACUGCCGCGCACAGCCUUUCUCAAGAUACGAAUGGCCACCGCCCGACUCCGCAUCCACGAGCCCCCCAACAUCGACGCCGAGCUGCUCGCCUCCCUGUCAAAGUCCCUCGACUACUUCGGUGGCGGAGGGGGCCCGAGCAGAGCGCUGGACGCUUUCUACCAGUCCAACGCCGCGUUGAAGGCGUGGUUCGACACCUGGCUCUCGAUGCCCGAGGAUAGCUUCUGCACUAUGCCGAUAUCGACGACGUCGCACAUGGUCUACGCCGUCAUGAUGCUGAGCCGGUGGGCGUGGCUCGCAUCAUCGUGGGGCUGCGGCGGCGGCGAUAACGGCCUCUCUUCGACGACGACGCCGACUUUGACCUCGGAGCCACUCGAUCCGUCGGAGGGUAAUCCCAACAUCACGCUGGCGGCGAUAGAGGCGGCCAUCAGCCCCAACACGCCUGCCGCGGCGUCGUCGUCGAGCAGUCCUCCGGCAGCGCAGAAGGCAGGGUGCUGCAACAGCGGCAACAACGGCAGCUCGCCGUGGCAGACGACGCUGCCGGACAAGAAGCUGCCACAUGCCCUCGUGGCGCUGAGGGCGCGGCUCGCGACGCAGCCGGGCCUGAUUCUCGACGCCGGGGAGUACCUGGACCGGGUCGUGGCGCAGCUGGAGAGAUUCGACGCGGCGUACCGGGCCAUGUCGGUCGACGGAGGCGGGGAGUGCGGGAAUAUAUGGAGCCUGGGGGCGACCAAGGUGAAGAUUGCCCGGCUGAGGCACGAGAGGUGGUUCAGGAUGGUGGCUGCGCAGGCGGAGGUCGGGGAGAUGGAAGAGCAGGUCAGAUGGGGAGGUUCGGGGGUAGGAGGCCCGGAGACGAUGGUGGGCGAGGUCGAGUUGCAGGACAGCUUCCUCACGUCGAUGCAGAUGCCCGAGUGGGACGCGGGCAUGACAUGGGACCAGUCGAUGGCGUAUCAUGAUCCGAUGGCGGCGGACCAGCACCUUUGGACGGACAUGAUGAUACCGGGGGAUCAGAAUUGGGGGUUGGGUGGGAGUGGCGGGAGGUAUGUAUGA